CAUCCAUGUCCCUACGCAUCUCUCUUUUUUCCCUUCCAGAUUAUUGUGUAGUGUUGGGUUGACGGUUAUCUGUUCGCUAAUACUCUGCCCGCCUCUGGCUUGUCUUCACUACCUUCUAACCCCGCCACAUGGCUCCGGAUCGGGGAGAAUCAGCACCCAGCCCCAUGGUCGAUAACGAAAGAAGCCAUGAGGUGCAUGAUACUGAUGACGCUCCUAUCAGUCGGAGCAUCUCCAAUAGAUCCGGGCCGCGACGAUACCUCACAGACCGUACACAGCCACAGAACUUCACUAUCCGUGGGGUCCUUGUCGGCCUUGCCAUUGGAGUUGUCAUAUGUUUCUCCAACAUGUACUUUGGACUUCAGACUGGGUGGGUCAGUGGAAUGGCCAUGCCGUCUGCUCUGAUUGGCUUUGCGUACUUCAAGACUGUUUCGAGAUUGAUCAAGCUUCCCUUUACUCCCGUUGAGAAUGUCCUUGUUCAAUCGGUUGCCGGGUCCGUUGGAACGAUGCCACUGGGAUGUGGUUUCGUGGGAGUUAUACCUGCUCUGAACUAUUUGCUGAAGCCUGAAGAGAAUGGUCCCUUAGAUAUUAGCCUUUGGAGGCUGAUCAUUUGGUCUGUGGGAAUUUGCUUUUUCGGGGUUGUAUUUGCGGUCCCGCUUCGCCGAGAGGUCAUUAUUCGAGAAAAGCUUAAGUUUCCAAGUGGUACUGCGACGGCGUUAAUGAUAAAAGUCCUUCAUGGAGACGAGAAGUCCGCGAGCCUUACAAGGAGAAAUAGCUCGAGAGCUGCAGUUGAAGAGGAGCAACAAAGUCUCUUAGAGUCCACGGCCACGGAUCAGCCUGAGGAAGAGCAUCCCCUUCGCUCGAGGAAUGAAAACAAUGAACAGGAAGCUGAGCAAGAAAUGGGCCAGGAUGGCGAUUGGAAAGCUAAGAUCCGAUUACUACUGAUCUCAUUCACGGGAUCUGCUCUGUACACUACAGUGUCUUACUUCCUCCCUCAGCUCCACGAUAUCCCCAUAUUUGGGCUGUCGCUCGCCAACAAUUGGCUUUGGACUCUGAACCCAUCGCCAGCUUAUGUCGGACAAGGAAUCAUCAUGGGACCCGCCACCACCCUUCACAUGCUCCUUGGUGCGAUUAUCGGAUGGGGUAUCCUCUCUCCACUUGCAAAACACAAAGGCUGGGCACCGGGCCCAGUAUCAGAUUGGACUGAAGGAAGCAAGGGCUGGAUAGUCUGGAUAUCCCUCGCCAUUAUGCUUGCAGAUUCUCUCAUCAGUCUCGGAUGGCUUGUGCUUCGCCCUUUGAUCGCAUUUGCACGGCUGUAUUUCCCUACGCUCAAAGAGGCCUUGAGAGAGCAUACUUGGAAAGAGAUUUUCACACUCAACAUCUCCUCAAAGAAGGGCUACAACCCCUUGAACGACAGCUCUGCCAACCCAAUCAUGGCCAUCAAGCACCAUCUUUGCGAAGAGGGAGAACAUGAUGCACCGCCAGAGCAUCUCAUCUCCACCCGCACCACAGUCAUUAGCCUCAUUCUUUCCCUCGUUCUUUGCAUCAUCGCAGUCCACGUUUCCUUCCCUCACCUCAUCCCCUUCGGACUCACCAUCCUUGCCUUAACUCUCGCUCUUCUCCUCUCAAUCAUGGGUGUCCGAGCCCUCGGCGAGACAGAUCUCAACCCUGUUUCCGGGAUCUCCAAACUCACGCAACUCGUCUUUGCUCUCGUCACUCCCACGACUGGCCCUGGUGCGAAGAACGCCGUCAUCAUUAAUCUCCUUGCAGGGGCCAUAUCCGAGUCCGCGGCACUGCAAGCUGGCGACCUGAUGCAGGAUCUAAAAUGCGGGCAUCUCCUCGGUGCUGCCCCCAAUGCUCAGUUUUGGGGCCAGAUGAUUGGGUCCGCUGUGGGCGCUGUGCUGUCUGCAGUGGUAUAUAAACUGUACACACAUGUGUACAAGAUCCCUGGGGGCCUAUUUGAAGUACCGACAGGCUAUGUAUGGGUUUUCACAGCAAGAUUGGUAACGGGAAAAGGUUUGCCUCCACAAGUGGCAGAAUGGGCAAGUGGUGCUGCCGUGAUAUUCGCUGUUGGAACGAUAUUGAGGGUCUGGGGUAACGCUAGGAAACAGAAGGGUUUGACCGAAUGGUGGGUCGAUUGGGUACCCGGCGGUAUUGCAGUUGCAGUCGGCAUGUAUAAUACACCUUCGUUCACUCUUGCCCGUACAAUCGGCGGGAUCAUUAGUCUGUGGUGGAGGAAGUAUAAGGGGAGAUCAGAAACUCCCAUCAUCGUUUUGGCGAGCGGGUUAAUAUUGGGCGAGGGACUUUUUAGCAUCGUUAACUUACUCUUGGCUAGUUUAGAGGUGCCGCAUGCUUGAAGAGGAC